UCAACAAAGGCAGCACAUCCGCUCUGGCCCCAAGUCCCUAACUUUUCAUCAAGGAAGUAAUAGUAUUGCCUGGAAGUCACAGACAAGACCAAAACACAAUGAGAAUCUGCAUACAUACAUGUAAGAGAAGCAAAAAUGUCAGAUGAUAUCAGGAAAAGGUUUGAAUUUCCAAAUUCUCUUAUCCAGUCACAGGCUGUGGGUCAUCUUAUUGCUGCAGUUCUAAAGGAAAAUGGUUUUUCAGAAAAGAUCCACCAGUCCACAAACCAGACUCCUGCUUUGAACUUACUGUGGGAGAAGUGUUGCAGCGAAAAUGUUGUGGUUCGAACAGCCUGCUGUGAGGGUCUGGUGGCCCUUGUUGCUCAGGAUCACGCGGAGUUCAGCUACGUUCUCAAUGGGAUACUCAACCUGAUUCCAUCGACCAGGAAUACACAUGGCUUGAUAAAAGCCAUUAUGAAAUUAUUACAAAUCCAAGCUCUCAAGGAGGGACAGGGUGGGGAGAAGAAUAUUCAGGAUAUAUAUAAUAUUAGAAACCAUCCUCAGCCUUUGAUCACUGUGCUUGAACACAGACCUGAUUGCUGGCCAGUACUUUUACAGCAGCUGACAGCUUUUUUCCAACAAUGCCCUGAAAGGUCAGAAGUUUCAUGUAUCCAAAUAAUGGCACCGUUUCUAUGGUAUCUAUAUUGUGAACCAUCCCAGUUACAAGAAUAUGCUAAGCUCCGACUAGCUCUGCUCAAAGUCUUACUUCAACCCCGGGUUCUCUGUGACAAAGAACAACCAUCAAUACUGGAACAGCAGAUACUUCAACUGUGUUGCAACAUGGUUCCAUGUUUGCAGAUAAAAGAUUUGAUACAGACAACAGAAGUGAUGCUGUUUAUUGAAGAAGUAUAUUUAAGCCUUUUGCGUCAUCCCAGUUUUUGGAAAAUUCAACUUACCGAGCUGACACUUCAGCUGCUCUGUGUCUGUGAAGUCAGCCUAAACAUAACUGGGGAAUGCUCAUCUUUAAUUCACCUUUUAGAACACAGUGUUGAGCUUCUGAGGGAGGAUUUUCCUGUUGAACCAGUCAUAAUUGGGAUAGCUUUACUACUUCUACAGACUCCAGCAAGUCAACAGAAGCCAAUCUUAAGUCUAGCUUUGAAGCUCCUCACUUCUGCUGAGGGUCAGAAAAUCCCAAAGUCAUCUUUGCUGCUCGUGAUGCCCAUUCUGCAGAUAUUAUCUUCUACUGCCUUGGAAGACUGUAUAUCCACGGAUGAAGAAGGACCCUCUAGGCAGCAGUUGGCUCUAAACCUUUUAGAAAUAGUACAGCAAGAGUCUUACAGAGACGACCACCAAAAGCGUUCCUACAAACUUGCAUUCCCCAUAACUGGCAUGUAUGGUUCAGUAUUUACAGCCUGGAGGAUCCUUGAAGUAAUGAGAGAAGAGUCUGCAGCAAGUGACUGGUUGGCUUCGGUGGAGUCCUUGCUUCCUAUUACCACAGUGAUCCCGGUGCAUGUUUUCCUUCUGCUGGCUUACCUUCUUGUUGAAGAUAAAGGACGAAAUCUCCGCCAGACACUGAAAGUCACUACGGAAUUAGCCCAAGCUGAUUCCUCUCAGGUACCAAAUCUGAUUCCAGUUUUGAUGUUCAAAUUAGGAAGACCACUGGAACCCGUGUUAUACAAUGAUAUCUUGUAUACUUUACCUACACUUGGUGUUCACAAGGUAUGCAUAGGACAAAUUCUACGAGUAAUCCAACUUCUUGGAACCACUCCACAACUAAAAGCUGUCACUUUGCGCUUGUUGACAUCUUUGUGGGAAAAGCAGGAUCGUGUCUAUCCUGAACUGCAGCGUUUCAUGGCCUUGUCUGACGUGCCCUCUCUGUCUGUGGGCAAGGAGGUCCAGUGGGAGAAACUGAUUGCUAAAGCAGCGUCAAUCAGAGAUAUAUGUAAGCAAAGGCCAUAUCAGCAUGGUGCAGAUAUGUUGGCAGCUAUUUCCCAGGUGUUGAAUGAAUGCACCAAGCCUGACCAAGCUACUCCAGCAGCCUUGGUAUUACAAGGUCUUCAUGCACUCUGCCAAGCUGAGGUGGUUUGUAUUCGAUCCACUUGGAAUGCUCUCUCUCCAAAGCUGAGUUGUGACACGAGACCUCUCAUUCUGAAGUCCCUCAGUGAUUUGUUUGCUCUGGUUCCUUCCUUAACAGUCAAUACAGCUGAAUAUGAGAAUUUUAAAGUUCAAGUCCUCAGCUUCCUCUGGAACCACACUCAAAAUGAGGACCCAGUCGUAGCAAAUGCUGCAUAUAAAUCUCUGUCACACUUUAGUGCUGGAGAGCACACCAUUCUUCAUCUGCCUGAAAAGAUAAGACCAGAAAUCCAAAUUCCUGAUGACCUUGAUGAAGAUGAAGAUGAGGAGGGUGAUGAGAAGGACAUGGAUCUUUCCAUUCCUGGCUCUUGCUAUCUCAAACUGUUGUCACUCACUGAUCCUUUGGUUUUACCAGCUUUGGAGGAAUUUUUUACAUCACUUGUGAAACAAGAAAUGGUGAAUAUGCCCCGUGGGAUUUAUCACUCUGCAUUGAAAGGAGGCGCCCGCAUAGACCAAGGAAAGACUGUAGCAGGAAUCCCCAAUUUUAUGUUGAAAAUGUAUGAAACAAACAAGCAACCUGGUUUGAAACCUGGCCUUGCAGGUGGUAUGUUAUUUUGUUACGAUAUUUCAACAUAUCAGAGUAAGGAUGGCAAACCAUUGAAUCGACUGAUGGCCAGUAGAGGGAGAAGCUUCAAGCAGACCUCACUAGCUUUAGUGCAUGAGGUUCACAUCCAGCUUUCUGAGUGGCACCGUGCAAUUUUUCUUCCACAGGCCUGGCUCGCAUAUAUGAAUCGUGCUUAUCAUGCCAUUUUACAGGGAAGGAUAGGAGAGCUGGAGUUGCAGUUAAAACAUGGAAAAGAAGGACCGGAGGAGGUGCAAUACAAAAAAAGCACAGCCUGGCUCUGGGUUCGAGACAUGUUGACUGAUGAGGUCACCAAAGCAGCUGCAAAAGACAGCCCAGUGGUCAAAGGCAACGCGCUGUUAGCCUUAAGCAGCCUUGCUGUCAUCGUUUCCAAACAUGAAGCCAGCCUUUCCUCAGACUCUGAGGGGGUCCUGGAGGUUCAACCUAAUUUCUUUCCAAUGAAAGAGUGGCUUUUCAUGGUGUUCGAUACUCUUCUGGUUAUUGUUGAUAGCCAUUACCAACCCAGAGGACACCUUUUCUCUUCAUUUUAUUAUAAAUCCUAUUCUGGUGAAAACACAGCCAGUGCUAUUGCCCGUUCUGCGGCUGCCACAGCUUUGUCUCUCCUUGUGCCAGUUUUCAUUAUCUCUUGCAAAGAGAAGGUUGAGGAAAUCCUGAACAUGCUGACUGCCAGGUUACCUGGGAAACCGAGUGCUGAUGAGUCUCAAGCCGUGCAAAUCCACAUGGGCCUUGCUUUGGGGAUGUUUCUGUCUCGCUUGUGUGAGGAGAAACUCAGUGAUAUAUCUGGCCAACAGAUGAAACUUCUUCUGAUGAAGUCUUUGGAUGCUCUGGAAAAUUGCUGCUUUGACACUAGUCUUGAAUACAACACGGGCUGUAUCCUGGGAGUUGGACUCGUCCUAUCCCUCAUGAGCCACAGCAGCCAAACAGAGUCUCGAGUCCAUGUGGCAGCCUCCCUCCGGAAGCUCUCUGCCUACCUUGAUGACAGCGGAAGCCAGAGCAGAACGUUUCAGGAGGUCCUUGCCUAUACCCUGAGCUGUGUAUGUACAUCCGCAUUCAGUGCCGGAAUUAUUGAGUCUGUGGAGGCUGAAGAUAUUAUGAACAAGCUUCGACUGUUAGUGGAGAACAACCAACAGACUUCAGGUUUUGCUCUGGCAUUAGGAAAUGUAGUUCAUGGCUUGUCUGUAUGCGGACAUGGAAAAGCUGAAGACUUGGGCAGCAGACUUCUCCCUGCCUGGAUCAAAAUUGUCCUAACACAGGGCGCUCCCACAAUGCUUUGUUUGGCAGCUCUUCAUGGCAUGGUGGCCUUGGUAGGCUCUGAAGGGGAUGUAAUGCAGCUGAAGUCAGAAGCCACCCAGUCCUCUCAUUUUCAAGGCAGACUUAAUGAAGUCAUUAGAACUUUAACUCAGGUCAUCAGUGUGUCUGGGGUGAUUGGUCUUCAGUCAAAUGCAAUCUGGCUUCUAGGACAUCUUCAUCUGUCUACUCUGUCUUCAAAUCAAAGUAGAACCUCAGUUCCUACUGACUAUUGCUAUUUGCCUGAAAGCAGUUUUAUUAGAGCAGCCAUUGGUUUCUUCAUUACAGGAGGAAAAAAAGGUCCUGAAUCUGUGCCUCCUUCCCUUCUCAAAGUAGUGAUGAAACCCAUAGCAACUGUUGGAGAAACCUACCAGUAUCCUCCUGUGAACUGGGCUUCACUCCUCUCUCCACUUAUGAGGCUAAACUUUGGUGAAGAGAUACAGCAACUGUGUCUUGAAAUUCUGGUGACCCAGGCUCAGUCUUCCCAAAAUGCAUCCGCACUUUUGGGAAUGUGGGUGAUGCCACCACUGCUCCAUGGUCUGAGUCUGAACAUCAAGAAAUACCUCCUAGUAUCUGUGCCUUUGUGGAUAAAACACGUCUCUGAUGAACAGCUUGUGGGUUUUGUUGAAAGCUUACUGGUGGCAGUUUUUAAUACAGCUUCCCCACUUUCCAAUCCUGAGUUAUGCCCAAGUGCCUUACAGGGUCUAAACCAGGCCAUGAAACUGCCCAGCCCUGCUCACCACCUCUGGAGUCUGCUCAGUGAAGCUACUGGGAAAAUUUUUGACCUUCUGCCAAAUAAGAUUCGGAGAAAUGAUCUAGAGCUGUAUAUCAGUGUAGCAAAAUGCCUUUCCGAAAUGACAGAUGAUGAAGCCAAUCGAGUUGCCCAGAUUACCCAGAGUAGCGUAGAAAAAGCUGCCUUUGUCAGACUGUACUUGGUCUCUCAAGGACGAUUCCCCUUGAUGGGCUUGACUGAUGUGCUCAGCGUUGCUGUCCAGCACCAUGAGAAAGACACACUGGGCUGGAUGAUACUGCACAGCUUAUAUCAGGCCCGCAUUGUGAGCCACGCCAACACCGGGGUUUUGAAGAGAAUGGAGUGGCUCUUGGAACUGAUGGGUUAUAUCAGAAAUGUUGCUUACCAGUCAACGUCUGUUCAGAACAAGGCCCUUGAUGAGGCUUUGGACUUCUUGUUGCUGAUAUUUGCAACCGCAGUGGUUGCAUGGGCAGAUCACGCUGCUCCUCUCCUCCUCGGCCUCAGUGCCAGUUGGUUGCCAUGGCAUCAGGAAAAUGGCCCAGCUGGGCCAGCAUCAAACUUCCUUGGCAGGAGUCCAUUGCACAGGGUCACUCUGCAGGAGGCUCUCACUCUCCUUCCCAGUAGCAUGCCUCUUCUGCUUCAGAAAGAGCCAUGGAAGGAGCAGACCCAGAAGUUCAUUGACUGGCUAUUCAGCAUCAUGGAAAGCCCUAAAGAAGGCCUCUCAGCAAAAUCCAGGGAUCUUUUAAAAGCCACCCUGCUGUCCUUGAGAGUUCUCCCAGAGUUUAAGAAGAAAGCCGUAUGGACCAGAGCAUAUGGUUGGUGAACAGUUUUUGCGGUAACCAGCAACAUUCUCAGCUGAAUGAGGAAAACCAUGCAGACAGGAGGAAUUUUUCAGAAUUAGUGUCUGGGAUUACUGAGACAUGAUGCAGAGGGCUGAGGGUCAUGAAAGGGUGGCUACAUAACUGACAGCUUGAACCAUGCACGCCAGGAGACGGAAGGGCCAUUGCUACGGUAUCCAGGGCAGUUGAGACUGACACAAGAACUUGAAUUUUCUUUUAUUUCACUAGAGUUCAAUCUGAAGAUUUUCUUUGUGAAAAAUUGAAUAUAUAAUCCCCCCAAAAAAAAUUCUAGUAAAAUAAUCUUGUGAAUUUUG